AUGGCUACUUGCAAAAAUGUACAAAAAGCAAAAAUUGUAAAACAUUCAAAACAAAAUGAUCCAUUGACACAAAUAUUUCAUACUUCAAAGGAAGAUACUCCGAUUAUAAAAAAAUAUCCAGAAAUGAAUAUGGCUAGAGCAAAUCCUGAAGGACAGUUGAUGAGAGCACGACAAGAUUUGUUGAAAGCUGAAAAUGAAUUAAAAGAAAAACGGGAAGAACAGAAAAUUAGAAAAAUUGAAAUGCAACAACAAUGGACCGAUUUAAGAAAUAAAGAGUUGUCACUGCGUGAAUCAUUUAUAGAAUAUAAUAAGCUUGUGAAGGAGAAUCGCGAGAAAAGAGAACGAGCUGAGAAAAAAAUUUGCGAGGAGAAAGAACUUCAAAAAUUGAGGGAAGAAGAAAUUAGCGAAUUGAAGAAAAAUAUAGAAAAAUUCUCAGAAGCUCGAGACAAAAUUAAACAUUACGUCAAUGAAUAUAAAAUGUAUCAGAAUUAUCUCGAAAGGGUGGUUAAUGAGACAGAUGAAUUUGAAUCAGUACCAGCAAUUUUUAAUCGUUAUGAAACUUUGAUGGAGGCCAAAGAACAACUUGCUGAGAAACAGGACAAGAGUCUCGCAAUUUUAGAAGAAGCUAGCAAAAAUAUGCAUGAAAUGACACAAACGAAAACUAAUAUGCUAAUGGAUCUGAGUAAUGAAUUAGCACAACUUCAGGGAAGAUAUGAUAGAGCAAAAGCACUUGCAAUUAGAUGGGAAACUAUUGUUGCAAUUAUAAAAGCGGCGGCUGCUGUAAAACAGUCAGAAUUAACUCAAAUCCGAUCGAGUUGUUAUAAUCUUUAUUUGCAAAUUUGCAAGAGAAAGGGAAUAGCGAGUGAAUUAGAUCCAACGGAUUAUGAGCAUCAACUGCUUGAAAUUAAACGCACUAUCAUGGAAAUGAAAAGAAUCGUCAAAGCAGUCAAGAAGAAAGCUGCCAAGCCUGUUAAAAGAGAAUAA